AAGAAAACAAGGAGGAGUUUCAAAUCAAGACAUACAGCAUGACUGGCAAUCCAUGUAAGAGGCUUGCCUGGAGCGACUAUGCCUUUGAUUCAAAGCACAGACAAGAUCAUGAGAGCUCAAAUUCCCAUGAGGACCACGAGAAGAAAUCAAAAGGAAAGGAAGGGAGGCUGGCAGUCUGUCAGUGGGGCUUGGAUGUACAGCCCCUCAUUUCAUCUUCUAAGUGGCUUCAACUUCAUGGGCUCAAGAGAAAUAAAUUAUCCCUCUCCCAGAUUUUGCCACAAAUUGGAUUCCAGCACAGGGAAGAUUAUGUGAGCACCUUGGGGAAACCGGUGGCUUCUCGGUAUGCGGCUGGCCUGUUUCCUCAGUACAUGAGAGCACAAGAUGGCAGCGUGUAUAAUCUGACAGCCAAAAAAGAACUGAUUCUUCAUUUUGUGGAUUGUCUAAUGAGAGCUAUUGAGCUCUACAAGCAGCGAAUGGACUGGCUCACCAGUGCAAGCCGGCAGAUAUUUGGCGUCAUUCAAGAGCAGUGUAUUGUAAUUGUGCUGGAUUUUGGCACGGCGUCGCCUGCUGAAUUUGAUCUCUGCUGUGAUGCACUUUCGAUGGUCCUCAUGGAACAGGUGACCCAAAUUGCCAAAUUUAACCUCAUUCGGGCCGCUCGGGAUCUCGUGAGGUGGCAGCCGCAGCCCGCUGCUGUGUCGGACCAGGCUGUGAGCUCUGCUGUGAAGUGGCUCUGGAGGCUGGCGCGUGCCGCCGCCGCCGGCCCCGGCAGCUCCGCCGAGGCGCUGCUGGAAGCCAUGGGCGACGACACGGUUGAAGCUGUUUAUUUCUUUGCUGUGGGUGAUGUUCCUGGAGACACAAGGCAGCUGCUUCUGCAGAAGGUUUGUCAUGGCCCCUGUCCUGUCAACACUGUAUCUUUCAACGCCAGGGAAGAUGGAACUGUUAUUUUCCUGAAGGAGUUGAGCCGCUUGACUUCUGGCAGAUUCCACGCUUUUGUUGAGAGGAUUGACUAUAUGGAUAAGACUGGACUCACACUAAAAUAUGAAGAGGAUGGAAACAGUCUAAUUGCCCAGAAUACCAGAAAAGUGAAAGGGCGGAUACCUCUAGUAGCUGGUGUCCGUGAAGAUGUCUUCCUGAUCUGGAAUGAGCUGGAGGAAGCCAGGAGUACACUGACGCAAAUCCAGAAAAUUUUAUCAGAAUCUGACCAGCCUGCUUCUCGAAAUGCAACCGAAGCUGAUCGUUCGCUACAGGAACACAAGUCUGACGAAUAUUUGUCCUCAAAGGAGUGGCUGCAGAAGUACGGCUUGAAAGCUCGGAAGCUGACACUGCACGAUGCACUUGCUGAUUGUAGUUUUCGCCAUGCAGAUGGGGUUGUUGACAUAAAAAGUAAACCAGAGGAUGAAUCUUCACAAACUGAUGCUGAGACAAAGAGGAAGGUAAUUCAUGCAAAAUACUGUGACAAGUUUGUACACGCCUUCUGGAAAGAUGGCUCUGUAGUUCAUGUGCAUGUUACUACAGAAAAAUACAGGCAGUAUGAAGAGAAAAUGAGGACUGCUCUUAGACAAGUGGAAGGAAGGAUUAAGUGGCUUCAGCAAGGAAGUAGAGGGCUCUUUGGAAACGUGUUUGAAGAUGAUGUCUAUAUUCUUAUUGAUACAUCUCAGUCUAUGAAGGACAAGUUGUCAUUGGUGAAGGAGAAAAUAUUUCAGCUCAUGCAGGAACAACUGAGACACAAAAAGAGAUUUAACUUUGUGAAAUUUAGUGCUCAAGCAGUGGCAUGGCAAGAGAAACUGGCUGAAGUUAAUGAGGAGAAUUUGCAGGGUGCUUGGCUUUGGAUAAAAGGACUUGAGGUUGGAACUUCCACAAAUACUCUCCGAGCUCUGCAGAUUGCUCUCGCUGAUACUGACACUCAAGCCAUUUAUCUUCUGACCGAUGGGAGACCUGACCAGCGCCCUCAAACAAUUUUGGCUGAAGUCCAGCUUCACCAUAAGAUUCCCAUUCAUACUGUAUCCUUCAACUGUGAUGAUACCGAAGCCAAUAAAUUUUUGCAUGAACUAGCUACAGAAACAGGGGGACGGUUUCAUUAUUACAACAUUUACUUGACUGAUCCUGAGGCUGCGGAGACUCUUGUUAGUGAAGAUAUGCGCCUUUUAAGAAAAGAGAUUGAAAAGGGAGAAAGAGAUCUAGAGAAAGUGAAGAACUUUCAUGAUGAAUGUCUGAUGAUGGAUUGGUGUAACAGAGAAAAAGACACGGAGAACAAGUAUAGGCCGGGCUGUGUUUCCGAAGAGCCAGCGGCGCCGGCUCCGCGUCCGCGCACAGCCUGUGCUUGGCAAGCGACGGGCGACAGCCCAGCCCAAAGGAAGAAGGUGCUUUAUGCAGAACAAACAAAGACAAGUCUGUUGAGAAUCCUGAGCCACAGAAUGAAAUCUAGGGAAGAAAGCCCAGAGGAAAGAGCAUCUCCUGAAAAAAAGUUUUUUUCUGACAGAAAGAAUGUGAAAUCUGCAACCACUUUCAAAGGCAAGUUAUCCCAACAGGAAGCUGGGAGUGGGACAGAUCUGAAAAUGCAGGGAGAUUUGAAAAGACCAUGCAAAAGUUGUGCAGCUACCUCUUCGGCUCGCUGGUUAAGGACUCACGGCUUGGUCGCCAGGCGCCUCACCAUCCUGGAUGCCUUAGCUCCGACUGCUGUCCCUCAUGGCACUACCUACAUACCAGUGCUGGACAAGCAUGUGGGUUCCAAAGUAUUUGAUGAGGUUUUAUCACUGGCCCAUGUUAGCAGUGACAAGAAGCGGAUCACACUAAUUAAUCCUCAGGCAGUGAAUCUUGAUGCCUAUAAAGAGAAACUGGAGCAGGCAAUUAAAUCCUAUGAAAGGCGCCUAAAUCUAAUUGUUUGGAGAGCGCUACCUCAAGAUGAACGAGACAAGUUUAAAGAAGAUGGGCCAGUCCAGUAUAUGCAGAAUAAGGAAGCUUUGCUGGAGACUUUAGAAAAACUGGGAUGGCCAGUUUCACAUGACGAUGUCAUAUUGUUAGAAGAUGAGAUACUGACAGCAUUAACAUAUAAGCAACAAGCCUCUGAUCUUCAAGAUGCUGUAAAAAAAGAAACUGAGAAAAGCUCAAACAACAAAAAGAGACUUGAAGAAGAAGGUGUAAAAUCGCAGUCUAAAAAAAGACAAAAAGGUAAAGUAUUUUUGACUCUCAGAAGCCAAAAGGUGAUUGCAAGAUCAGACAUCACCGGAUUUUAUUAUCCAGGAACUGUGAUAAAGAAUAUCAGUUCUACCCAUGCACUUGUUGACUUCGUCCAUGGGGAGGCCUGGACUGUUCCUGUGAAGUUCAUGAUAUCUGUAGGGGGUGCUAUGCCAUGCCCCUGUCUGCAGAUUGGAGACUACGUGUUUGCCAGGACUUGGACACACACUGGAAAUGAUUAUUAUGUUCCUGCCAUUGUCAUUUCAACACCAAAGAGAGUGGAAACAGAUAAUAAACUCUACACAGUUCUGCUGUUCAACAACAGGAAAGAACACUGUGUAAGAAGUGAGCUUAUUAAAAUCAGCCAAACGAAAUAUGCCUUUUCCUGCCGAUACAUAAGAAUGGUGCAGAUGGCGGAUUAUAUGAUUCUGGACAAAGAGGCCAAGAAGUCCCAUCCUCACUCAUCUCUGAGAGAUGAAGCAGGAGAGAAAACAAAGAAAAAUAUUAUGAAAGAGCACAUGGGAAAAAAGAAAAAGAAGAGGAGAGCAGAGGAAGGAAAACAUCCCAAGGAGAGAAUAUUAGACUCUGGUGAUCCUCUCUUUAUCUCCAGGAGGGAAAUAAAACACAGGGAAAAAAAAAUACUGCCUGAUAAUGAAGAGGAAUUUGAAGGUAAAAAACUAGGCUGUAGAAAGCUAUAAAUAUUAGAGAUUAAGCAGAUCUCAUAGCCUUUCAGUUUAUGUCCACCUAAG